GCGGAGGCCCCGCCCUCGGCGGCAGGAACCUGGAGGGAGGCGGAGGAAUAUGUCCGAGAGGGAAGUGUCGACAGCUCCGGCGGGAACAGACAUGCCUGCGGCCAAGAAGCAGAAGCUGAGCAGCGACGAGAACAGCAACCCGGACCUCUCCGGAGACGAGAAUGAUGAUGCUGUCAGUAUAGAAAGUGGAACAAACACUGAACGCCCUGAUACACCUACAAAUACACCAAAUGCACCUGGAAGGAAAAGCUGGGGGAAGGGGAAAUGGAAGUCCAAGAAGUGCAAAUAUUCUUUCAAAUGUGUAAAUAGUCUCAAGGAAGAUCAUAAUCAGCCAUUGUUUGGAGUUCAGUUUAACUGGCACAGUAAAGAAGGAGAUCCACUAGUGUUUGCAACUGUAGGAAGCAACAGAGUUACUUUAUAUGAAUGUCACUCACAGGGAGAAAUCCGGCUAUUGCAAUCCUAUGUGGAUGCUGAUGCUGAUGAAAACUUUGAUUAUGAUCUUUUGGGUGAAAAAAUAAUGUCCUGUGGUAUGGAUCACUCUCUUAAACUUUGGAGGAUUAAUUCAAAGAGAAUGAUUAAUGCAAUUAAGGACUCCUAUGAUUACAACCCAAAUAAAACUAACAGGCCAUUUAUUUCUCAGAAAAUUCACUUUCCUGACUUUUCUACCAGAGACAUACAUAGGAAUUAUGUUGAUUGUGUGCGAUGGUUAGGUGAUUUGAUACUUUCCAAGAGUGGCCGUGCCAUUUUACAUUCCCACCAGAAAUGUAUGAAAGAUCGAGUGUCUCGGAAGCUUCGCCGGCAUUUGUCUUGUGAAAAUGCCAUUGUGUGCUGGAAACCUGGCAAAAUGGAAGAUGAUAUAGACAAAAUUAAGCCCAGUGAGUCUAAUGUGACUAUUCUUGGGCGAUUUGAUUACAGCCAGUGUGACAUUUGGUACAUGAGAUUUUCCAUGGAUUUCUGGCAAAAGAUGCUUGCAUUGGGCAAUCAGGUUGGCAAACUUUAUGUUUGGGAUUUAGAAGUAGAAGAUCCUCAUAAAGCCAAAUGUACAACACUGACUCAUCAAAAAUGUGCUACUGCUAUUCGACAAACCAGUUUUAGCAGGGAUAGCAGCAUUCUCAUAGCUGUUUGUGAUGAUGCCAGUAUUUGGCGAUGGGACCGACUUCGAUGAAAUACUGUUCCUAAUCAAAUUAGAGUGUGUUUUCUGUGUAUAGUAGAAUUAAUGUAUCUUGCUAGUAAAGGCACAUAGAGCAUUUAGAGUUGUCUUUCAGCAUUCAAUCAGGCUGAGCUGAAUGUAGUGAUGUUUACAUUGUUUACACUCUUUGUACUGUCUCCUGCUCAGACUCUACUGCUUUUAAUAAAAAUUUAUUUUUAUAAAA